GUCCAAAAAAGGAGGUAGCAGAAUGUAAGGAAAAGUUUGCAAGUUCAGUGGAUCCAACGGUUAGUCAGACUUUCAUGCUUGAUCGAGUAUUCAAUCCCGAAGGAAAGUCCUUGCCUCCGAUGCGAGGAUUCAAGUAUUCCAGCUGGUCCCCCCUGGGCUGUGACGCCAACGGGAGGUGCCUCCUGGCAGCUUUAACCAUGGACAAUCGAUUGACCAUCCACGCCAACCUCAACAGGCUGCAGUGGGUGCAGCUGGUGGACCUGACCGAAAUCUACGGGGAGCGUCUGUACGAAGCCAGUUACAAACUCUCUAAAGCUGACACUCCCAGGGGAGAACUAGGAGACUUCUCGGAAUUCCAGCGGCGGCACAGCAUGCAGACCCCGGUGCGCAUGGAGUGGUCGGGCAUCUGCACCACCCAGCAGGUUAAACACAACAACGAAUGCCGGGAUGUGGGUAGCGUGCUCCUGGCAGUACUCUUUGAAAACAGUAACAUUGCAGUUUGGCAAUUCCAGCUGCCAUUUCUGGGUAAGGAAUCGAUUACUUCUUGCAAUACCAUAGAGUCCGGAAUAAAUUCCCCAAGUGUGUUGUCUUGGUGGGAAUACGAACACAACAACCGAAAGAUGAGUGGGCUCAUUGUAGGGAGUGCUUUUGGACCGGUUAAGAUCCUCCCUGUCAAUCUAAAAGCAGUCAAAGGCUACUUCACGCUGAGACAACCCGUGGUCUUAUGGCAAGAAAUGGACCAGUUACCAGUGCACAGCAUCAAGUGCAUUCCUCUUUACCACCCCUACCAGAAAUGCAGUUGUAGCUUAGUGGUGGCUGCAAGAGGAGCUUACGUGUUCUGGUGUCUCCUCUUGAUAUCCAAAGCGGGUCUGAACGUCCAUAACUCCCACGUGACAGGGCUUCAUUCUUUGCCAAUCGUGUCUAUGACUGCAGACAAGCAGAACGGCACGGUGUAUACCUGCUCCAGUGAUGGAAAGGUGAGGCAGCUCAUUCCUAUAUUCACAGACGUUGCUUUAAAGUUUGAGCACCAGCUGAUUAAGCUCUCGGAAGUGUUUGGCUCUGUCAGGACUCACGGAAUAGCCGUUAGCCCCUGCGGCGCGUACUUAGCGGUUAUUACGACAGAGGGAAUGAUUAACGGUCUCCACCCGGUUAACAAAAACUACCAAGUCCAGUUUGUAACCCUUAAGACUUUUGAGGAGGCAGCAGCGCAGCUCUUGGAGUCUUCUGUUCAGAACCUUUUCCGGCAAGUGGACUUGACAGACCUUGUACGCUGGAAAAUUCUGAAGGAUAAGCAUAUUCCUCAAUUCUUACAGGAAGCACUGGAUAAAAAGAUUGAGAGCUGUGGCUCUACUUACUUCUGGCGGUUUAAGCUGUUUCUCCUGAGGAUUUUGUACCAGUCCAUGCAGAAAGCUCCCUCGGAGGUCAUGUGGAGACCUUCACACGAGGAUGCAAAAAUCUUGGUAUCAGAUUCCCCUGGGAUGGGCAGCACGGAGGAUGAUCAGGAGGAAGGGACUUCUAAACAAGCCAGCAAGCAGAGCCUAUGUGACACGGGGAAAGGUAUGGACAUAGAUGACACUGCAGAUGAUUCUCUUCCUCAGUCAAGUGACAUAGGAGGCCGCGAGCCAAUGGAAGAAAAGCUUCUUGAAGUACAGGCACAGAUUGAGGCAGUAGAAAUGCACUUGACACGAGAACACAUGAAACGGGUGUUGGGAGAAGUUUAUCUACACACCUGGAUUACAGAGAACACCAGUAUUCCCACCAGAGGAGUCUGUGACUUCUUAAUGUCCGAUGAUGGCUAUGAUGACAGAACAGCACGAGUGCUGAUUGGGCAUAUCUUAAAGAAAAUGAACAAACAGACUUUUCCAGAACACUGCAGCUUGUGUAAAGAGAUCCUGCCAUUCACCGACCGCAAACAGGCAGUCUGCUCCAAUGGACACAUUUGGCUCAGGUGCUUUCUAACCUACCAGUCCUGCCAGAGUUUGGUGUACAGGAGGUGUUUGCUUCAUGACAGCAUCGCACGGCAUCCAACCCCAGAAGAUCCUGAAUGGAUCAAGAGGUUAUUGCAAGGACCUUGCACAUUCUGUGAUUCUCCUGUGUUCUAGAGAAAAGCUACGUAAAGAUUGAAAGUAUUUUCUCUACUGCAUAAGCUCCCUUCAGUCUCGAAGGACACAGAGCACAGGAAACACAGACUUUACUGGAGGGGGAAGACAUUGUCCACAGCCCUGUAAAUACAACAUCGGAGGUUCCAGAAACUCCUUCAGUCCAGAGCCUGGUUCUCUGGAAUUCCAGUAUAUCUGGAAGAGUGAGUUUGUAAAGCUGUUUGGAAAUGCACCCCAUUGAAGCAUCAGCAGCUGGACAUGCCUCCUUUUACUGAACAGGAACUGAAGUCUGAAGCACGUGCCAUUCCCCAAAAGCUGGGACGGAAACAGCGGAGCUGCCUCUUGAAUGGUCUUGGUGGGUAGAGAAGGCUUCAGCUCGUAGUGCUCUCUGUUGCUUUUUAACAAGCACUGGCACUUGCUGCAGAAUAUUAAACUAUCAAAAUAAUUUGUGGUUCUAAUUUCUUGCAGAGUGAAGCGUGUGCCAGUUACAGCCGUAGGAAAGAAAUUGGCCGUUAUGUUAGUUUCACUUAAAGUCUAGAAGAAUAACUGCCUCUUAACUGUUAACAACAGUAUUGCAGUCAGAAGGGUAAUGCUGGCUGCCUGGGUCAAAUACGGAUCAGUAAGAAUAAUUUUAAAAUGUAAUAAUUAUUAAACUAAUCGCAAUUAGAUUAAACACUAAUAUAUAUAUAUAUAUAUAUAAUUUCCAAUGCUCUUCAGUCGCUUGCCCCACUUUCUUUUUCUGAACUAAGUUCUAAUCACUUCCUAGCUUUUGCCAGUGCACAUGCCUUUGGUUUCACUUAACCCUCUACCACCAGGAAUUGUGUUUUCCAGUGUAACUUGGUUACCAAACCAUUACCAAUUUACCUUAAUCUCAACUGAAGUGAGAGUCUCCUUCAUACAGUAAUUGAGUUUUACAAAAGUGUGACACACAAGUAAUCACUCCCAGCUGACAGUUUCUCUGUUCAUAAUAAUGCAGUAAAAAAAACCCCACAAAACCCCCCAAAAAAACCCUGAAAACCCCACCACCCCCAUGGCAAACGUGUCAUGGGUAGUUCCCACAGGUGGUCAUGGAGUCUGGUGAAGCUGUUCUUGUAGAACCCUGACUUUCUCAUCAAGAGAUUCAUAAAUACACCAAUGAUGUAGCAUGGCUGAGCCCAGAAAUUCAUUCUGCCUUCUCACUGUCCUAUCAGAAAAAAAACAUCUUUCUGUCUCUGGCAUCUGGUUCCUGUGGGGAGCAGGAGAACCCUUUUUGACUUCCUAUGCAGUGUUAGAGGAAUAAUACCUCCAAAAUGUGUAUAGUUAUUUGGUACAGUUUGUCUUGUUAACUUAAAUCCAUGUUGUCAAAUAAUCCAAAGUCUCUGUAUUUACAUUCUUCAGCCAGUCUGUACCAGUCUGGACACUGGGCUGUGGUGCCCUCUUUGUGACUCAUGACACUUGUGGUGCGUGUGAUGUCCUCUAUUUGAGAAAUCAAGGAGUUGUCCUGACAGCAUCAGUCUCCAAGGAUGCAUGUGUGGAUUGGUGCUUAAGUUCCCUUGAUUCAAUGACUAUGCAUAUUUUCUUAACGUUUCUUCACCUUUAGUAGGAGCAGAUUUUUUUCAGCAAAUGUGAAAAGGAGUCAGCUCUCCUUCCCGUUCAGUGGUUCAUGCAUUAAGCAUGAUCGUGCUUGGAGAAUAAUAUUAACAUAGUAGACUAGAACGGCAGAAGCACAUUCAUCUGUAAAAUAAUUAGCCUUGUUUGUAAAUACCCUUGGAAGCGAUACCGUAAUUGUAUUAAAGAAAUGUUUAGUUUUUUAUUGCUGUGCAUUGAAAAUUGAAAUGACUUCAGUGUGUCUGCAAAGAAAGAAAAUGUAGAUCGUGGUAGCAUCAAGUAAAAAAAAGAGUAACCCCGACACCCAACGUGUGCGUAGUUUGGGGCCAGGUUCUGUACCUGGGGCAGCUUUUAUCUUCUCCCUCCCAGUGGAGAUGGGCUUUGGGAGGAACAGAACAUCAGUUUCCAACAUGAGUUGAAGAGAAGAUUUAUUUGUGGUGGUAGAGAAAACAUUGCAAGUGGAAGCUGCAAGUCCCUGUCCGGGCAGUGCCGACCAGUUUGUGAGUAAAUGUUAGAUUCAGAAAUUCACCUGACCACGGAAAAGGCAAGAGCUCUCCAGAACCACAUGUAGAAGUGCUUUUAAAAGAAGUCAAAGAACAUUUCUUUGGCUUAGAAACUAUAAUGAUACCCUCAUCUGCUGAAGUGUUCAAGUCUGGCUGACCAAAAGGUUCAGCUUGAGAUCAUUAGAUUAACUCCUGGUGAUUACUUCUAGCAGUUACCUUGAAUUUCCCUGGAUUGAGUUUUAAUGCUUUAGAGACGUAGCAGCUCCAAUACACCGAACGUUAACGGUUAUUUUCCUUGUCUUUUAAGGCAGUAGAUACUCAGUAAACCAUUGCCAGUUUAUUUAACCUGAUUUAUGGCUGCUGGGAGAAUGGAAUUUUAAAGCCAGUGAUGCCGGCUUUGUCUGCAUGCCAGUGGAGAUCCUUUAGCACAAAGCUUUCACUUCUCACCCUGACCCAUUCACAACAGGCUGUGGCCGGAUCUACCCAAAUGUGGACGUUUGGAGCACCUUCACCACAGGAGGAGGCGUGCACUGCAGACCUUAGAGGGCCUGGCGUUGUUCUUGUGGAGCACCGAACCAGGAGGUGAGCCCUGGCAAGGGAAAACCCAAGAGCCACCCAAAAGGGACUGUUCAAACGAGAGUUUAAUUUAAUUGCUCCGCUAAUUGAGUCAAUCUCUUCACGCUACUUGAAUUCUGUUCUGGGGUGAGUGUUGUAGGUGGGCGACCGCACGGUCACCGGGCUGAACGAAAAGCCAAGUUGAGUUUUAAUCUUCAGUUUGGGGAUUUUUUUCCUUGGAGACUCCGUUCAUGGGAGGGUCUGACAAAGUUGCUGUGAAUAUUGAUGCUGUGUAUAUGGCACAUUUUGUAAACGUGAAGAAUGUUUUGUACACUGCCAGGGUAGCAUUGUAAUCCUGCUCCUUUUUUAUUCUAAAUAAAUAUAUAAAGUA